CCUUUUUGGUGUUUUUUUUUCAUUUUACUCCUGACAGGCAUAAUAGUCGAGCGAAUUGGUGAUUGUAUGCUGUAGAUACUGAGCCUGAUUACCCACCAUUUUCCUUUGCUUUCAGGUUAUAACUGGUUCUGAAGAUGGAACAGCAAGAAUUUGGGGUAAAAUGCUAUUUUGAAUAUUGAGGAUCACAGUUACCUAGUCCAAUAGAGAUUAAGUGACUGGUUGUUUCACAUAUCAUUUUUGUAUUGAUAGAAUGCCAGUUUGAUGACUUUAGUUUGGAGAUUCUCCACUUCUAUGUUACCUCCUUGAGAUCUGGUCCAAGACCCCAACUAUAUCCAUGCCAGUAGGGGAUAAGUUUAGAAUGGUCAUUAGAGUGGAAGAGAUGGUUGGCUGACUUGGUAAUUUGUUGUUAUUUUGAUAGUAUUUCCCCCCCCUAGUUCCAGUGAUCUGACCAGAAGAUAGGAAUCAGGAAGAAAAACUAAUUUUGGAUUUGCCUUGCGAGGUAGAAGUGGUACUUUGUGUGACAUUUUCGGCUUUCUGUUACCCUUUCGGAAAGCAUUGUGGUUAUCCACCUGCAAAUUUCUUCCCGAAUCUGGUUUCAAGUUUGUCAUAGCACAUUAGCGAUAAUAUGAGUGCCGCAAAUAUACUUUUAUGUUCAGUUUAUGCGAUUGCCUGAAUUUUUCUGUUUUGCGAAUUUGCAUGAUGAAAUGGAGUAGCUUUUUUCAGAUUGCAAUAGUGGGAAGUGCAUCAGAGUAAUUGAUCAGGGAAAGGAUAAGAAGUUGAAAAGGUUGUCUACCUCUGUUAGAUGCAUUGCACUUGAUUCAAGUGAGAGCUGGUUGGUAUGUUUUUGACUUGAUAAUAUGGCGUUCUAGUUAGAUGCAUAUUUUGACAUGAUUGAUGAAAGGUAUUUGUUGUUGUACAGUGGAUGAGAGUGAGAUGCGCAUCCAAUCAUGUUUCCAAUGUUUCGUCUAGACUCUAGUAUUGCUGACACUGAACAAAUCUAAUAGCUGAACAGGUGGUCUUACCAAUAUAUAUUCCAUGUUCACAGGCUUGUAGCAGUGGUCAAAGCUUAUUGGUUUGGAAUCUGCAUGCUUCGGAGUGUGUUUCGAGGACUUCUACUGCUGCAUCCAUGCAAGACAUGAUAUUCGACAAAAACCAAGUAAAGCCAACUCUAUUCCAAAUGACCUCGUACUGCAUCAAACUGAGAUUGGCAACCAUUUAGGUGGAAUUAGCUAGUUUUUAUGGAUAUGACGAACAAUCAAUUUUGUGUCUACUAGGUCGUGAAUAUCAUUUCGGUGCUAGAGUUGAAUGCUGCCUUUUCUUUUGGCUUGUUUUUGCCCUCCCUCCUCCUUUUUCUUUUCUCCGUUAUUUGAGCAACAUCUGUUUCUUCGGCACUGAUUCCUUGCAUUACAUAAUCUCAGGUAUUAGCUGUUGGAUCAGAACCUUUCCUCAAUCGCUUCGACCUAAAUGGGAAGAUUCUUUCACGGAUACCAUGCGCUCCUCAGUCAGCAUUCUCUGUCUCUUUACAUCCAUCAGGGGUAAUCUCCUACUUCUCUCCGAGUGCAUUUUUCUCGGAGUUUACUAUUUAUCUGUGCGACCAGCCCUAAGAAUGGAUGAACAAGUGGAUGUAAAUGUAAUCGACACCCCUAGGUUUAGUCGUGCUUCUUCUGAUGCAUUCAGAUCCUUUUGUUCAUUCUGAAUUCAGGUGACAGCAAUUGGAGGUUAUGGCGGUCUUGUGGACGUGAUCUCACAGGUUCGAAGCCACUACUGCACUUUCCGCUGCAGCCGAGCAUAAGGAGAGAAGGAGAAUUGUUUGUUUAUGUCUUUGUGGAGCGAAACCACAUCACUGCUAGUAAUCCGGUGAUCUCGAAUGAACAGUUGUCAGCAUUAUCUGGUGAUCAUCCCCAUUUGACUUCCAAAGUUUUCUUUCUAAGCAGUUAGAAGGUGAUAUAGGGAUUGAUAUCUGCCAAGAAGUUUGUGAGGGGCAACAAGAGGGGAACUGUAGAUUCCCUGUUUCGAUUGUAGCGAUGAAUUCGGUAUUGGUGUUAAACAAGAUUCUCUUAUCUUGACCCAAUUUGAUCUUAGUUAACCUCCUAUCACAUUUCAGGAGUGAUCAUCUCCCUCGUCACGAAGUCGUAGACCAUACAGUGAAAUCUUUUUCCUUAUGAUCUGGGAUCACCCUCUUGACUUCAUGGGUUGACCAAUUACCACUUACCACUUACCACAUGCACUUUCGUCGUUGGACCACAAAAGCCCAAACUACGAGGGGGAGAAAGUGGGCCUGUGGGCCAAUCCGAAUGGGCUUAGGUAUCCAGCGCCCUACGAUUACGAAUCCGAGAAGGAAAAAGAGAAGGGGAACGAAAGGACGGCAGAAACACGUAAAGAAGCGACGGUAUAAAUAGCAGAGUCGGAGCUAACCCUUUGGCCCUCUAACCCUUUGGCUUCCGCGAAAAAGUAAAGAUACAAAGAGAGACUAUCCCCAGCAGCGCAGCGGCAGCCAACCAGCAGUUCCCGACUUAGCUUUGCUUCUGUUUAACUCCGCUGCUUUGUGGGAAGAACCGCUGAAAACCCUAGUUCUUCUUCUUCUUCCUGAGACGAGACUGCUCCUCGUCAAACCGCCUUUUGUCAAAUCUCGCAAUCGCAAACAAACACAGGUUCUUCUUUCUUCCCUCCUCUCGCAUCUCGUCCUUGGUGAUUUCUUCUGUUUUCCUCCCUCGAUUUCUUUUUUUCCUGAGUCGUCAUCUAUCGCGUUCGCGUACUGUGAGUUUGUCUAGCUAGCCCUGUCGAUUUACACCUGCAACCUUACUGGGUUUCUUGAUCUCUCUUUGAUCUGGAGUGUCAUGGUUUAUUGUGUUUUUAUUGUUGAACUCGCGCGUAUGUACGCCCUGUUGGGUAAAUCUGCUUGAAUUUUGGUUGAUUUGGGGGGUGUGGGUUAUGUCAGAUUUGUGGGUCUGUUGUUGUGUUAUCGGCUUCUUACGGGGUCGAUUUGUAUGGCUUUUUGCAGUUUUCAACUAUGGCAGGACAAGCACCAGACGGCGCGAACAAUUUUGAUGCCAAGAGCUAUGAUCUAAAGAUGAACGAAUUACUUUCGGCUGAUGGGCAGGACUUCUUUGCUUCCUAUGAUGAAGUUCAUGAAACCUUCGACUCCAUGGGCUUGCAGGAGAAUCUUCUUAGGGGCAUUUAUGCAUACGGUUUUGAAAAGCCAUCUGCUAUCCAGCAGAGAGGAAUUGUCCCUUUUUGCAAGGGGCUUGAUGUGAUUCAGCAAGCCCAGUCUGGAACUGGAAAGACUGCUACUUUCUGUUCUGGUAUCCUGCAACAGCUUGAUUAUGCCUUGGUGGAAUGCCAGGCUCUGGUCCUGGCUCCAACUAGAGAGCUUGCCCAGCAGAUUGAGAAGGUUAUGCGUGCACUUGGUGAUUAUCUUGGCGUCAAGGUUCAUGCUUGUGUUGGUGGAACCAGUGUCCGUGAGGAUCAGCGCAUCCUUUCCAGUGGAGUACAUGUCGUUGUUGGUACCCCUGGUCGUGUCUUUGAUAUGCUCCGUCGACAAUCCCUCCGUGCUGAUUCCAUUAAGAUGUUUGUCUUGGAUGAAGCUGAUGAGAUGCUUUCCCGUGGAUUCAAGGACCAGAUAUAUGAUAUCUUCCAGCUUCUGCCACCAAAGAUUCAAGUGGGCGUCUUCUCUGCAACAAUGCCCCCUGAGGCUCUGGACAUCACCAGGAAGUUUAUGAACAAACCAGUUAGGAUCCUUGUGAAGCGUGAGGAGCUCACUUUGGAAGGUAUCAAGCAGUUCCAUGUCAAUGUGGACAAAGAAGAGUGGAAGCUGGAGACACUCUGUGAUCUCUACGAGACUCUAGCCAUCACCCAGAGUGUCAUCUUUGUGAAUACCAGGCGCAAGGUGGACUGGCUGACCGACAAGAUGAGGAGCAGGGACCACACUGUCUCUGCCACUCACGGUGACAUGGACCAGAACACUAGGGACAUUAUCAUGAGGGAGUUCAGGUCUGGCUCAUCCAGGGUCCUGAUCACCACCGAUCUCCUGGCUCGUGGUAUAGAUGUCCAGCAAGUGUCGCUGGUCAUCAACUAUGACCUGCCCACUCAGCCCGAGAACUACCUGCACAGGAUUGGUCGUGGUGGUAGGUUUGGAAGGAAGGGUGUGGCCAUCAACUUCGUGACCAAGGAUGACGAGAGGAUGCUUUUCGACAUCCAGAAGUUCUACAACGUGGUGAUUGAGGAGCUCCCAGCCAAUGUUGCGGAUCUUCUGUGAGAGAGGCGUUUUGCUGUGUUGCCUUUCCUUUUGCUGCCUUGAAUGAAUUGAGUGAGAGAGAUUAUGAUGCAUGGAGACACUGACCUGUCGUUAUUAGUCUUGUACUCUCUUCAAUCUUUGUUUUUAUGUUUUUGUUGCUCUUCUUUUUUUUAUGGUUGGGACUUGAUUAGUAUUCACUAUGGAGAAGUAGAAGGCUUUGUUAUGUUGUGAAAUUGUUCCAAUUUUGGAUUUUAGCAGGUAGUAGUUGGGUUGCAUUGUGGAAUACUUCUAUUUAAUACAGAUGUCUGUAUUUAUCAUCCAUUGCUUUCUUCUUGGUGGGCUUUCGAUGAUUUGUUGGUUGUAGUUCCCUGCAAUGCCGGGAACUCUGCUAAGCUUAUAUCUAACCUUAGUGAUGAAUGAUAAUGUCCAACUUUAGUCCUAGUCAGUUUUCACAAUGUAGCUAAUGGUUGUCAAAAUCACAGUUCACUUUCUUGACAUUCAUCAUUUUCCACUUGACCUACUUGUUCCUUAUGCGGCCCUUCCUCUGAUUUGAGAAAUAUUGAUGAUGUCCUUCGUAGAAAGAAGUAAAAUAUAACACUCUCGAGGACCCAAGUCGGAAUUCCAAGCAAAUUUAAGAGCAAGGCCAAUUGUGUUACCUGUGUUCGUAGGGCGUUUGCGAGCCUGGUUGGUGUUAGGUUUGCUUCUUUUGGUGCUGGUCGCAUGUGUGGCUUGAAGGAAGGGAAUGUGGGAGUUGGUGGACAUUGGACCACUGUAUGGGAGGACGACCACUUUAGGUAAAAGGAAGCUCUAGUGGUGCACAAAGAGUUGCUUGGCGUUUGAAGUCUCUGGUGAUGAGGGUUUGGUUCAAGUGCCUAGGUGUGAUUGGAAAUUUCGAAAGCGAAGUUGGCAUCAACGAGCGUACACUCUCCUUGCCAUCGUGAACAAGUGGGAAGUUUUGACAUUGACCCGGGCCGAGUAUGGAUUGAGUUAGUUCGCUACUUAACUCGAACCUUUGGAGACAAGGUUCUUUCGGUGGGGGUGGUGGGAUAUUGCGUAUAUGUUUCACACCAUUAUUAUUAUUCUUUUUAUUAGGAUUAGUUAAUAUAAUUAGUAUUAUAAUUAUCAUUGGUUUCUUAGUCCCCAAGUAGCAAUUAGUAGAGUCCUAGUAGGAAAACGUUAGUUGGCAACAUUCCUACUUGGCAGAAUGGGUUAGGGUUGGUUAUUAGAUUUAGGGUUUGUCUUUAUGAUAAAUAUGUACUUUAUGGUUCAGUUAUUAUCGUAGCUUUUAUUCGUUCGUAUCUUAUGAGUAGAAGUAAUUUAGCUAUAUUCUCUAUGUUUGAGAAAAUUUAUACGCAACACUUAAGAGAGUGUCAUGUGUAUUGAAAAUGGAUCGUUAUACCAGGGUGUAAUAUAUUUGAUCUCGUGUAUUAGGUGAGGGAAAGAGAUCGAGUUUGCAAACAAUUUGUUGGCUCUUUUGUCCCGUUUAUUUCUUUUCUUAUUCAAACGCUUAGUUGGUAUUUCUGUCAUAAACCAGUUGGUUCCAAUAACUCGAGUUAUUGGGAGACGGUUAUGCUGGAUCUUAUACCACACUCUUACACGCCUCAUCAAACGAAAGCCAACUCACGGGCUUGAAGUUUUCCCAGGCGAUCAUCAUAUCUUGUGCUUUAAUUAACUGUUAAUAUUGGG